UCGCGCUCUCUGCUGCUGCACCUCGGGACACCGACAGACACCACCCGGUGAACGGAGGACCUCAACCCCUCAUGUCGCUGCACCUGCAGCAGCCAUCGGAUCGCACGCGGACACUCGAUCGUCAUGGAUAAUCGAUAAGAGUCUGAUAAGAUGCGCCGGCUUCCUCCGUCCUCUGCAGGUGUGAACGCCAUGACGUCGUCUUCUAAUGCAUUCGGGACGGUGGUGUUGUGGCGCGCGCCCCCAGCUCUAGUGUCACCGGGUUCGUCCUCCGCGGUGGUUUGACUGGUUCCACUGGUUCCACUGGUUCCACUCCACUGGUUCGGUGAGAAGAAGCAGCGGCAGAUUGGUCGACUGGAGCUCAGGAUGUCGUCGGUGUCCGGAGUGAGUGAGCGGAGUCUGGGGCAGCUGCCCAUGGAGAGCUGGAUGUCUCACCUGCCCUGCGCCCUGUGGGACACCCCCCUGUACCACCUGGCCAUCCCAGGCAGCCACAAUGCAAUAACCUACUGCCUGGAUAUGAACGACAGAUCCCCGGUGGACCUCACGCAGCCAGACAUGCUUCAAAAGCUGGACAAAUACAUGAAGCCUUUCAUUCGGCCCUUUGUGUACAAGUGGGCGAUAACGCAGGAGUACACCAUCAAGCAGCAGCUGGACUCUGGGGUCAGAUACUGUGACCUGAGGAUUGCACACCGGCCCAAUGACAGCUCCUCUGACCUGUACUUCUACCACGGUGUUUACACCACGCUCACUGUGGAGGUGAGGCUACAGCAUCACACACUCACACGCACACACACACUCACACACAUGUAGCCACAGUGACAUUUAUGCUCCUUAAAGGUCAUCUGCAUCCACAGCAUUAAGUCGUGCUCAGUGAACAAUCAUCUCUGCAGUGGGGAAACUAAAUCCUUUAAUUAGAUUGGUCACGGUUGGUGCGGCCAUUUGGGAUGUUUUUAAUGUUAUUGAAGUGGGAACACGCCAUUAUUAUUUAAAAACCUUACUCCUACUGAAGAGAAGCCACCGUGACUACAAGUAACAGUUACAGGAUAAUAGUACAAAUGUAGAGUAUGGGGUCAUUUAAAAGUUGCGUUUAAACGCGGGCUGUACCACAUUUUAUCCAAGGUAAGAUCAUUUAGCAGUAAGCCUCAAGAAUAACUGGAUUCCCAGCUACGUAAAUCCCUCACAGUAAACCUAUUGGUUUGCGGACUGAUGU